AUGAGUGCCACAACCACCUCCAUUAAUGCCUCCACAUCAUUCUCCACCUCUGGAGCCACCUCCAGUGCUGCGACCACCAAUGAGGUGACCUCAACCAAUGCCCCAAACUCAACAGCAGAGCCUCCAACCUCCUUCUCCACCUCUGGAACAUCUUACACCGCUGUCACCUUCACUGAGGUGACGCCAAUGUCAUCCACAGCCACCUCAAUGGACACCUCCACGCUCUCCUUCACCUCUGAAGUCACCUCAACUGAUCCCAUCUCUACAGGGGUGACCUCCACAACAGCUCCAACCACCUCUGUUGAUGCCACCAAGAGCUUCUCAACCACUGGUGCCACCUCCUCUGCUGUCACCACCAAUGAGUUGACCUCCACCAGUGCCCCAACCACCUCUAUUGAUGCAUCCACCUCAUUCACCACCAUUGGAGCCACCUCCUCUGGUGUCACUUCCAUAGAGGAGACCUCCAUGACAGCCACAACCACUCCAACAGAGCCUGCUACCUCCUUCUCCACCUCUGGAUCCUACUCCUCUGCUGUUACCUCCACACUUGGGACCUCCACAGCAGCUCCAACCACCUCUAUUGAUGCCUCCAGCACCUUCUCCACCUCUGGAGCCACCUCCUCUGCUGCCACGUCCACUGAUGUGACUUAUACAACAGUUCCAACCAUGUCAGAAGCUGCCUCCACGAUGUUCUUGACCACUGGGGCCACCUCAACUGCUCCCAUGUCCACACAGCUGACCUCCACACCAUCCCCAACCACCUCUGUUGAAGCCUCCACAUCAUUCACCACCAAUGGAGCCGCCUCCUCUGCUGCCACCUCCAAUGUGAUGACCUCUACCAAUGCCCCAACCUCCACAGCAGAGCCUCAAACCUCCUUCUCCACCUCUGGAACCUCUUCCACUGCUGCCACCAUCACUGAGGUGACUCUGAUGUCAACCACAGCCACCUCAAUGGACACCUCCACUCUCUCCUUCACCUCUGAAGUCACCUUCAGUGCUCCCAUGUCCACAGGGGUGCCCUCCACAACAGCUCCAACCACCUCUGUUGAUUCCUCCACAUCAUUCAGCACUACUGGAGCCCCCCCCUCUGCUGUCACCACCAAUGAGUUGACCUCCACCAGUGCCCCAACCACCUCUAUUGAUGCAUCCACCUCAUUCACCACCAAUGGAGCCACCUCCACGGCUGUCACUUCCAUAGAGGAGAACUCCAUGACAUCCACAACCACUCCAACAGAGCCUCCUACCUCCUUCUCCACCCCUGGAGCCACCUCCUCUGCUGCCACCUUGACUGAAGUGUCCUCCACAACAGCCCAAACCACUUCUAUUGAUGCCUCCAGCACCUUCUCCACCUCUGGAGCCACCUCCUCUGCUGCCACCUCCACUGCUGUGACCUCUACAACAGCUCCAACCAUGUCAGAAGCUGCCUCCACGAUGUUCUUGACCACUGGAUCCACCUCAACUACUCCCAUGUCCGUAUUGGUGACCUCCACAACAGCCACAGACAUCUCUGCUGAUGCCUCCACAUCAUUCACCACCAAUGGAGCCACCUCCUCUGCUGCCACCUCCAUUGAGAUGACCUCAACCAAUGCCCCAACCUCCACAGCAGAGCCUCCAACCUCCUUCUCCACCUCUGGAACCUCUUCCACUGCUCUCACCUUCACUGAGGUGACCCCGAUGUCAACCACAGCCACCUCAAUGGACACCUCCACGCUCUCCUUCACCUCUGAAGUCACCUCCAGUGCCCCCAUGUCCACAGGGGUGCCCUCCACAACAGCUCCAACCGCCUCUGUUGAUGCCACCAUGAGCUUCUCAACCACUGGUGCCACCUCCUCAGGUGUCACUUCCAUAGAGGAGUCCUCCAUGACAGCCACAACCACUCCAACAGAGUCUUCUCCCUCCUUCUCCACCUCAGGAUCCUACUCCUCUGCUGUUACCUCCACACUUGGGACCUCCACAGCAGCUCCAACCACCUCUAUUGAUGCCUCCAGCACCUUCUCCACCUCUGGAGCCACCUCCUCUGCUGCCACGUCCACUGAUGUGACUUAUACAACAGUUCCAACCAUGUCAGAAGCUGCCUCCACGAUGUUCUUGACCACUGGGGCCACCUCAAAUGCUCCCAUGUCCACACAGCUGACCUCCACACCAUCCCCAACCACCUCUGUUGAUGCCUCCACAUCAUUCACCACCAAUGGAGCCGCCUCCUCUGCUGCCACCUCCAAUGUGAUGACCUCUACCAAUGCCCCAACCUCCACAGCAGAGCCUCCAACCUCCUUUUCCACCUCUGGAACCUCUUCCACUGCUGCCACCUUCACUGAGGUGACCCCGAUGUCAACCACAGCCACCUCAAUGGACACCUCCACGCUCUCCUUCACCUCUGAAGUCACCUUCAGUGCUCCCAUGUCCACAGGGGUGCCCUCCACAACAGCUCCAACCACCUCUGUUGAUUCCUCCACAUCAUUCAGCACUACUGGAGCCCCCCCCUCUGCUGUCACCACCAAUGAGUUGACCUCCACCAGUGCCCCAACCACCUCUAUUGAUGCAUCCACCUCAUUCACCACCAUUGGAGCCACCUCCACGGCUGUCACUUCCAUAGAUGAGACCUCCGUGACAGCCACAACCACUCCAACAGAGCGUCCAACCUCCUUCUCCACCCCUGGAGCCACCUCCUCUGCCGCCACCUUGACUGAAGUGUCCUCCACAACAGCCCAAACCACCUCUAUUGAUGCCUCCAGCACCUUCUCCACCUCUGGAGCCACCUCCUCUGCUGCCGCCUCCACUGCUGUGACCUCUACAACAGCUCCAACCAUGUCAGAAGCUGCCUCCACGAUGUUCUCCACCACUGGAGCCACCUCAACUGUUCCCAUGUCCACAAUGGUGACCUCCACAACAGCCACAGCCACCUCUGUUGAUGUCUCCACGUCAUUCUCAACAUCUGGAGCCACCUCCUCUGCUGCCACCACCAAUGAGAUGACCUCAACCAAUGCCCCAACCUCCACAGCAGAGCCUCCAACCUCCUUCUCCACCUCUGGAACCUCUUCAACUGCUGUCACCUUCACUGAGGUGACCCCGAUGUCUUCCACAGCCACCUCAAUGGACACCUCCACACUCCCCUCAACCACUGGAGCCACCUCCAUUUCUCCCAUGUCCACAGGGGUGACCUCCACAGCAGCCCCAACCACCUCUGUUGAUGCCUCCAGCACCUUCUCCACCUCUGGAGCCACCUCCUCUGCUGUCACCUCCAAUGUGAUCACCUCCAUCAGUGCCACAAUCACCCCAACAGAGCCUCCAGCCUCCUACUACACCUCUGGAGCCACCUCCUCUGCUGCCACCUCAACUGAAGUGACCUCCACAACAGCCCAAACAAUGUCUAUUGAUGCCUCCAGCACCUUCUCCACCUCUGGAGCCAUCUCCACUGCUGCCACGUCCACUGAUGUGACCUAUACAACAGUUCCAACCAUGUCAGAAGCUGCCUCCACGAUGUUCUUGACCACUGGGGCCAUCACAACUGCUCCCAUGUCCACAUUGGUGACAUCCACAACAGCUCCAACCACCUCUGUUGAUGCCUCCACGUCAGUCAUCACCAAUGGAGCCAUCUCCUCUGCUGUCACCAAUGGGAUGACCUCAACCAAUGCCCCAACCUCAACAGCAGAGCCUCCAACCUCCUUCUCCACGUCUGGAACCUCUUCCACUGCUGUCACCUUCACUGAGGUGACCCCGAUGUCAACCACAGCCACCUCAAUGGACACCUCCACGCUCUCCUUCGCCUCUGAAGCUACUUCCUCUGCUGUCACCACCAAUGAGGUGACCUCAGCCAAUGUCACAACCACUUCCAUUGAUGCCUCCACAUCAUUCUCCACCUCUGGAGCCACCUCCAGUGCUACCACCACUAAUGAGGUGAUCUCAAGCAAUGCCCCAACCUCAGCAGCAGAGCCUCCAGCCUCUUUCUCCACCUCUGGAACCUCUUCCACUGCAGUCACCUUCACUGAGGUGACCCCGAUGUCAUCCACAUCCACCUCAAUGGACACCUCCACGCUCUCCUUCACAUCUGAAGACACCUCCAGUGCUGCCAUGUCCACAGGGGUGACCUCCACAACAGCUCCAACCGCCCCUGUUGAUGCCACCACGAGCUUCUCAACCACUGGAGCCACCUCCUCUGCUGUCACCACCAAUGAGUUGACCUCCACCAGUGCCCCAACCACCUCUACUGGUGCAUCCAUCUCACUGACCACCAUUGGAGCCACCUCCACGGCUGUCACUUCCACAGAUGAGACCUCCAUGACAGCCACAACCACUCCCACAGAGUCUUUUCCCUCCUACUCCACCUCUGGAUCCUACUCCUCUGCUGUCACCUUCACUCUGCAGACCUCCACAGAAGCUCCAACCACCUCUAUUGAUGCCUCCAGCACCUUCUCCACCUCUGGAGCUACCUCCACUGCUGUCACCUCCACUGUGGUCACCUCCAUCAGUGCCACAACCACCCCAACAGAGCUUCCAGCUUCCUUCUCCACCUCUCGAGACACCUCCUCUGCUUCCGCCUCCACAGGAGUGACCUCCACAACAGCCACAACCAUCACUCUUGAUGCCUCCAGCAACUUCCCCACCACUGCAGCCACCUCCUCUGCUCCCAGCUCUACUAAGGUGACCUCCAUGUCAGCUCCAACCACGUCAGAAGCUGCCUCCCUGAUCUUCUCCACCACUGGAGCCACCUCAACUGCUCCUAUGUCCACAGAGGGGACCUCUACAGCAGCCCCAACCACCUCCACUGAUAAUGCCACGUCCCUGACCAGCACUGGAGCCACCUCCUCUGCUCCCAGCUCAACAGGGGUGACCUCCACCAAUACACCAACCUCAACAGCAGAGCCUCCAACCACGUUGUCCACCUCUGGAACGUUGUCCACUGCUGUCACCUUCAUUGAGGUGACCUCCACAACAGCCCCAACCACCUCUAUUGAUGCUUCCACGAGCUCCUCAACCACUGGAGCCUCCUCCUCUGCUGUCACCACCAAUGAGGUGAUCCCAAUGUCUUCCACAGCCACUCCAAUGUACACCUCCACACUCUUCUCCACCCCUAGAGACACUUCCUCUGCUGUCACCUCCAAUGUGGUCACCUCCAUCAGUGUCACAACCACCUCAACAGAGCCUCCAGCCUCCUCCACCUCUGGUGCACCCUCCUCUGCUCCCUCCAUCACUGAGGGCAUCUUCACCCCAGCAACAACCACCUCCACUGGAGCCAUCUCAACUGAGGUGACCUCAACCAGUGCCACAACCACCUCUGCUGCCUCCACGAUGUUCUUGACCACUGCAGCCACCUCAAGUGCUCCCAUGUCCACAGGGGUGACCUCCACAACAGCCCCAACCACCUCUGUUGAUGCCACCACGAGCUUCUCCACCUCUGGAGCCACCUCCACUGCUGUCACCACCAAUGAGCUGACCUCAAGCAGUGCCCCUACCACCUCUAUUGAUGCAUCCACCUCAUUCACCACCUUUGGAACCACCUCCACAGGUGUCUCUUCCAUAGAGGAGACCUCCAUGACAGCCACAACCCCUCCAACAGAGCCUCCUACCUCCUUAUCCAGUUAUGGAACAACCUCCUCUGCUGUCACCUCCACAUCAGGGACCUCUACAGCAUCUCCAAAGCCCUCUAUUGAUGCCUCCAGCACCUUCUCCACCUCUGGAGCCGCCUCCUCUGCUGUCACCUCCAAUGUGGUCACUUUCAUCAGUGCCAAAACCACCUCUGUUGAUGCCUCCAACUUAUUCACCACCAUUGGAGCCACCUCCAAUGCUGCUACCACCAAUGAAGAGUCCUCCACCAAUGCUCCAACCACCUCAGCAGAAUCCUCUACCUCCAUCUCCAUCCCUGGAACCUUUUCUGCUGUCACCUCCAUCCAUUUGACCUCCACGGCAUCUCCAACCAUCGCUGUUGAUGCCUCCAGCACCUUCUCCACGUCUGGAGCCAGCCCCACUGGUCCAACCUUCACUGAGGGGACCCCAACAUCUUCCCCUGCCACCGCAGGUGCUUCCACCACCCUCUCCAUGACCACUGCAGCCUCUUCCACUGGUGUCGCAUCCACUGAGGUCACCUCCGUGAGUGCCACAACCACCCCAGUCGAUUUCUCCACCGCCUUCUCCACCACUGGUUCCACCUCCAGCCCUCUCACGUCCACACUGGGGACCUCCACCAAUGCCCCAACCUCAACAGCAGAGCCUCCAACCUCCUUCUCCACCUCUGGAACCUCCUCCACUGCUGCCACCUUCAGUGAGGUGACCUCCACAACAGCCCCAACCACCUCUAUUGAUGCUUCCACGAGCUCCUCCACCACUGGAGCCUCCUCCGCUGCUGUCACCACCAAUGAGGUGACCCCAAUGUCUUCCACAGCCACUCCAAUGGACACCUCCACACUCUUCUCCACCACUGGAGCCACCUCCUCUGCUGCCCCCUCCCAUGUGGUCACCUCCAUCAGUGCCACAACCAUCUCAACAGAGCCUCCAGCCUCCUUCUCCACCUCUGGUGCACCCUCCUCUGCUCCCUCCAUCACUGAGGGCAUCUUCACCCCAGCCCCAACCACCUCCACUGGAGCCAUCUCAACUGAGGUGAGCUCAACCAGUGCCACAACCACCUCUGCUGAUGCCUCCACGAUGUUCGUGACCACUGCAGCCACCUCAAGUGCUCCCAUGUCCACAGGGGUGACCUCCACACCAGCCCCAACCACCUCUGUUGAUGCCACCACGAGCUUCUCCACCUCUGGAGCCACCUCCUCUGCUGUCACCACCAAUGAGCUGACCUCCACCAGUGCCCCAAUCACCUCUAUUGAUGCAUCCACCUCAUUCACCACCAUUGGAGCCACCUUCACGGCUGUCACUUCCAUAGAGGAGACCUCCAUGCCAGCGACAACCACUCCAACAGAGCCUCCUACCUCCUUCUCCACUUAUGGAACCACCUCCUCUUCUGUCACCUCCACACUGGGGACCUCCACAGCAUCUCCAACCACCUCUAUUGAUGCCUCCAGCACCUUCUCCAUCUCUGGAGCCACUUCCUCUGCUGUCACCUCCAAUGUGGUCACCUCCAUCAGUGACACAACCACCUCUGUUGAUGCCUCCACCUCAUUCACCACCAUUGGAGCCACCUCCAGUGCUGCCACCACCGACAAGGUGACCUCCACCAAUGCUCCAACCACCUCAGUAGAGCCUCCUACCUCCAUCUCCAUCCCUGCAACCUCCUCUGCUGUCACCUCCAUCCUUGUGACCUCCACGGCAGCUCCAACCACCACUCUUGAUGCCUCCAGCACCUUCUCCACCUCUGGAGCCAGCUCCACUGGUCCAGCCUUCACUGAGGGGAUCCCAAUGUCUUCCACAGCCACCUCAGGUACUUCCUCCACGCUCUCCUUGACCACUGCAUCCUCUUCCACCGGUGUCACAUCCACUGAGGUCACCUCCAUGAGUGCCACAUCCACCCCAGUCGAUGUCUCCAGCACCUUCUCCACCACUGGUUCCACCUCCAGCCCUCUCACGUCCACACUGGGGACCUCCACCAAUGCCCCAACCUCAACAGCAGAGCCUCCAACCUCCUUCUCCACCUCUGGAACCUCCUCCACUGCUGUCACCUUCACUGAGGUGACCUUCACAACAGCCCCAACCACCUCCAUUGAUGCUUCCACGAGCCCCUCCACCUCUGGAGCCACCUCCUCUGCUCCCUCCAUUACUGAAGGCAUCUUCACCCCAGCCCCAACCACCUCCACUGGAGCCACCUCAACUGAGGUGACCUCAACCAGUGCCACAACCACCUCUGCUGAUGCCUCCACGAUGUUCUUGACCACUGCAGCCACCUCAACUGCUCCCAUGUCCACAAGGGUGACCUCCACACCAGCCCCAACCACCUCUGUUGAUUCCACCACGAGCUUCUCAACCACUGGAGCCACCUCCUCUGCUGUCACCACCAGUGAGCUGACCUCCACCAGUGCCCCAAUCACCUCUAUUGAUGCAUCCACCUCAUUCACCACCAUUGGAGCCAUCUCCACGGCUGUCACUUCCAUAGAGGAGACCUCCAUGACAGCCACAACCACUCCAACAGAGCCUUCUACCUCCUUCUCCAGUUAUGGAACUACCUCCUCUUCUGUCACCUCCACACUGGGGACCUCCACAGCGUCUCCAACCACCUCUGUUGAUGCCUCCACCUUAUUCACCACCAUUGGAACCACCUCCAGUGCUGCUACCUCCAAUGAAGUGACCUCCACCAAUGCUCCAACCACCUCAGUAGAGCCUCCUACCUCCAUCUCCAUCACUGGAACCUCCUCUGAUGUCACCUCCAUCCAUGUGACCUCCACGGCAGCUCCAACCACCACUCUUGAUGCCUCCAGCACCUUCUCCACCUCUGGAGCCAGCCCCACUGUUCCAGCCUUCACUGAGUGGACCCAAACGUCUUCCACAGCCACCUCAGGUGUUUCCUCCACGAUCUCCUCCACCACUGCAGCCUCUUCCACUGGUGUCACAUCCACUGAGGUCACCUCCAUGAGUGCCACAACCACCCCAGUCGAUUUCUCCAGCACCUUCUCCACCACUGGUUCCACCUCCAGCCCUCUCACGUCCACACUGGGGACCUCCACCAAUGCCCCAACCUCAACAGCAGAGCCUCCAACCUCCUUCUCCACCUCUGGAACCUCCUCCACUGCUGUCACUUUCACUGAGGUGACCUCCACAACAGCCCCAACCACCUCUAUUGAUGCUUCCACGAGCUCCUCCACCACUGGAGCCUCCUCCGCUGCUGUCACCACCAAUGAGGUGACCCCAAUGUCUUCCACAGCCACUCCAAUGGACACCUCCACACUCUUCUCCACCACUGGAGCCACCUCCUCUGCUGCCCCCUCCCAUGUGGUCACCUCCAUCAGUGCCACAACCAUCUCAACAGAGCCUCCAGCCUCCUUCUCCACCUCUGGUGCACCCUCCUCUGCUCCCUCCAUCACUGAGGGCAUCUUCACCCCAGCCCCAACCACCUCCACUGGAGCCAUCUCAACUGAGGUGAGCUCAACCAGUGCCACAACCACCUCUGCUGAUGCCUCCACGAUGUUCGUGACCACUGCAGCCACCUCAAGUGCUCCCAUGUCCACAGGGGUGACCUCCACACCAGCCCCAACCACCUCUGUUGAUGCCACCACGAGCUUCUCCACCUCUGGAGCCACCUCCUCUGCUGUCACCACCAAUGAGCUGACCUCCACCAGUGCCCCAAUCACCUCUAUUGAUGCAUCCACCUCAUUCACCACCAUUGGAGCCACCUUCACGGCUGUCACUUCCAUAGAGGAGACCUCCAUGCCAGCGACAACCACUCCAACAGAGCCUCCUACCUCCUUCUCCACUUAUGGAACCACCUCCUCUUCUGUCACCUCCACACUGGGGACCUCCACAGCAUCUCCAACCACCUCUAUUGAUGCCUCCAGCACCUUCUCCAUCUCUGGAGCCACUUCCUCUGCUGUCACCUCCAAUGUGGUCACCUCCAUCAGUGACACAACCACCUCUGUUGAUGCCUCCACCUCAUUCACCACCAUUGGAGCCACCUCCAGUGCUGCCACCACCGACAAGGUGACCUCCACCAAUGCUCCAACCACCUCAGUAGAGCCUCCUACCUCCAUCUCCAUCCCUGCAACCUCCUCUGCUGUCACCUCCAUCCUUGUGACCUCCACGGCAGCUCCAACCACCACUCUUGAUGCCUCCAGCACCUUCUCCACCUCUGGAGCCAGCUCCACUGGUCCAGCCUUCACUGAGGGGAUCCCAAUGUCUUCCACAGCCACCUCAGGUACUUCCUCCACGCUCUCCUUGACCACUGCAUCCUCUUCCACCGGUGUCACAUCCACUGAGGUCACCUCCAUGAGUGCCACAUCCACCCCAGUCGAUGUCUCCAGCACCUUCUCCACCACUGGUUCCACCUCCAGCCCUCUCACGUCCACACUGGGGACCUCCACCAAUGCCCCAACCUCAACAGCAGAGCCUCCAACCUCCUUCUCCACCUCUGGAACCUCCUCCACUGCUGUCACCUUCACUGAGGUGACCUUCACAACAGCCCCAACCACCUCCAUUGAUGCUUCCACGAGCCCCUCCACCUCUGGAGCCACCUCCUCUGCUCCCUCCAUUACUGAAGGCAUCUUCACCCCAGCCCCAACCACCUCCACUGGAGCCACCUCAACUGAGGUGACCUCAACCAGUGCCACAACCACCUCUGCUGAUGCCUCCACGAUGUUCUUGACCACUGCAGCCACCUCAACUGCUCCCAUGUCCACAAGGGUGACCUCCACACCAGCCCCAACCACCUCUGUUGAUUCCACCACGAGCUUCUCAACCACUGGAGCCACCUCCUCUGCUGUCACCACCAGUGAGCUGACCUCCACCAGUGCCCCAAUCACCUCUAUUGAUGCAUCCACCUCAUUCACCACCAUUGGAGCCAUCUCCACGGCUGUCACUUCCAUAGAGGAGACCUCCAUGACAGCCACAACCACUCCAACAGAG